AUGAAGGUGCUCAUGCAGCGCGUGACCAGCGCCUCCGUGCGCGUGGAGGGAAAAGUGGUGGGCGAGAUUGGCAAGGGACUGCUGUGCUUCGUGGGAAUCGGACACGACGACACGGAGGACGACGCAGAGUGGUGCUGCCGCCGCCUGCUGAACGCUCAUCUGUGGCCUGACGAGUCGGACCGCGCGUGGAAGACGUCGCUGAAGAGCAAUGGCUACGAAGUGCUGGUGGUGAGCCAGUUCACGCUGCACGGCCAGUUCGCAGGCAACAAGCCCGACUUCCACCUCGCCAUGGGUCCUGGGCCGGCAAAGGAGUUCUACGACGCAUUCUGCGACCGUGUGCGUCGUGAGCACGUACCCGAGAAGGUGGCGGAGGGUGUCUUCGGUGCCUACAUGGAAGUGUCCAUUGUGAACGAUGGACCGGUGACGAUGCAGAUCAACUCCAAGGACCGAAAACCCGCCAAGAUCUAGAGGACUUGGACGUGGUUCCUAGACUGUGUAUCAAUGCACAUAUAUAGACCAAGUGGGGUCUUCAAGCCACAUGCC